AUGCCUCACUCUCGGGGUUUUGCAACUGCAGCCAAGCCCAGAUCCAACAUUGUCUUUAUCUUCACUGAUGAUCCAGAUCUCCGACAUGGCUCCUUGGACACCCAGAGAGCAGUGCAGAGCCACUUGGUCGCAAAGGGAACCACCUUCACCAAUCACUAUGCAACCGUUGCUGUUUGCUGUCCUAGCCGAGUAUCGUUGAUGCGUGGUCAAGCUGCGCACAACACGAAUAACACAGAUAUCAAGGCGCCUGGCGGCGGGUUUCCCAAGUUCAUGGCCUCUGCAGAGAACGAAUAUUAUCUACCACACUGGCUUAGCGAAGCUGGCUACAAUGCUGAAUGUAAUCUUGAGCCCUACAUAAAUGCACUCAAUACUGUCGUUAUGUCCGAAAACGGAGAAAGACCAAAGCUAUACAGUGGCUAUGAUCAAACAGACGUCAUUCGCAUCAAGGCACCCUUUCUUCCUGAUGAUAUCCCCAACCGCACCGCAUGUUCAGAACCUCACCGAUCCCCGACCCCGCCUGCGCGCUAUUUAGGUCUCUUUAAUACAUCAACGGUCCCGCGAACACCCAACUUUAAACCUCCCGAUAAGUACCAAAUGGGCAAGCCGAGUUGGCUUCGCGGGCUACCUCCACUGAACUCAACCCAAAUUGACGAUAUUGAUCUACUCUAUCAACGUCGACUGGAAUCUCUUAGGGGUGUCGAUGACAUUGUUGAUGAUGUUGUUGAAAUGCUUAAGGAUAGAGGCGUCAUAGACAACACGUACAUCAUAUACUCCACUGACCAAGGUUAUCAUCUCGGGACACAUCGUCAUGGUGCGGGGAAGUGCCUCCCCUACCUCGAGGACAUGAAUAUUCCUUUAGUUGUUAGGGGCCCCGGAGUGCCUGAAGGAGUCAUUUCACACACCCCUAGCACAGUCACUGACUUUGCACCCACAUUCCUAGAGAUCGCCGGGCUCAGAUCUGAGAAAAUUCCACCUUUCCUGGAUGGGCUCAGUCUUUUGCCGGCAUGGAAGCACCCAAAUACUCCCAAGCUAGCCAAGAAGAAGGAAGCCAUCAAUGUCGAAUUCUGGGGUUCGUCAUACACUGAGAUUCCAACGUGGGCUGGCGGUGACUAUGCUCCCUACUUCCGUGGACUCUACCUCCAGAAUGACUACAAGACGAUACGGGUCGUCGGAGAGAAGAGUUCGUGGAUGUACUCGAGGUGGUGUAACAAUGAUACAGAGCUGUAUAACACGAGCGAUGACCCUUAUGAGUUGACAAACCUUGCCAACUCGACUGAUCCGCAAAUUCGAAGAGUCAAGUCUAGACUAAAUGCGCUGCUGAUGGUUACCAAUGUCAUUCAGCCGCCAUCUCCUCGCCAUGGCAAGAGAGUAGAGACAUUGGACGAUGCUCUGGACUCGCGCUACGAUGCCUUCUAUGAGGCAUUCCCGCUAGUCACAAUUGACGAAUGCCUGAAUUACCAGUUCGCCGCCAACGAGUCUCCGUUCUUUCCACCAAGUGCAGAGUUCGGGCUCGGUUUGAAGUACCGAAACAGUACCGAUAACUUUGCUUUUCCAGAGUCGAAGCCCGUGGAGGAAAUUGCCCCUAAUAACCCACUUGGCGGGGACUGGGACCAACGCCACUCGACAUUUAAAGACCUGAUGAGGAAUGCUCGAGUACUCACUGAUAAAGAGAUUAACAACGCGCCGUAG